UUUGCCUUUUGGUCUUUGGUAAACGAAUGGAGUGGGUUUCUUUGGAUACCAGUGCUUUAGGAUACCACUGUGCACAAUUUCAUGGAGAAUCGGAAUCGAGGAAUAUAUUGGAUUUUUGAGUAGGGACGGUUUGUAUUCCCGUGUUUUACUGAUACAGAUAUUUCAACCACAGGAUAAACAUGAAGUUUUUACACAAGCGCUCAUUCUUAUUGGCUUGCCUAAUCAAUAUUCUAAUAAUUGUGAAAGGACAAACAAAUCGAAAUAGUGAAAAACAUUUACCUAUUCAAGUAAUUGUCAAUCCAAGUAAAGCCUCCAUAAAUCCCGCAGAAAAUCUUAUUGAAAGUGAGAGUAAAGCAAUUGAACUAAAAAUAGAGUCCGAUGAGAAUAAUUCAGGAAAAAUAGAUCUUACUAUAGCAGCAGCUAAAGAAGUAAAGCAGGCAACAGAAACUUUGGAUCGAUAUUCCCCUGAAUAUAACGCAGCAAAUGACCGCGCAGACAAGGAAUCACCAGAAAAUUCAAAAAGUGAUAUUUCUUCUACCAUAUCUAAAACAUCCCGACAAGAUCCAAAUGGUUUGUAUCAAUCAUCUGAAUUUGGUAAUAUUGUUCCUUUCGAUGUCAUGCGGCAAAUCUAUGGGCACCCACAGCCAUUUCUUUUCAAUAGUGAUAACUUUUCGCCUUUGCAAAAUCUAAGACAUUUAGAAGGCAAUUUGGCGAGAGAAGUGCAUCCUCGAGGUAUUGGACAAAGCCUUACCGCAGUUAGGAAUACCAACAAUGAAGUACCUUUAGGGAUGGUCAUGGCUCAUCCAUUAUAUUCGGUCGGUUUUUCAACAGGACUGGAUGUAAACCCACGACAACAAGCUCCUCAUCAAUAUGGUACACAUCCAUACUUUGAAACCUUAGCAAUGAUAGAACCUCAACCAAUAACUGUUGUUCAAAAUAUUCCAAUGAAUCGACACCCUUUAAUUGAAAAUAGUCCACAAAGGAAUCCUGAGAUUAUCCCUCAGCGCCUUCCUUACAGAAAUGUAGCGCCUCAAUCUUUAAUUGUUCCUUAUCAGACUCCUCAUUCUUCAGAAAAUGAAAGACAGCAAACUUUACAUAGGAAUCCCCAAAAUAAUGUCCAAUCGAACAUACCAAAUUCCGUACCAGAUACCCGAGGUUUAAAUUAUGCGCAAGAUAGGCCAAUAUAUGGCAGACAUCGUGAAUUGCAGUAUCCUUCGGCCGAUAUACGUCCAAAUUACCCUCCACCAAGAAAUAUACACGAGGUCGCUGUAAGUCAAAGACCACAAAACGAUAGAGAAGCAAUAUAUAGGAGUCCUCUUCCAAAUCGACAACAACAAAUUCGAAAUGAAGGUCAUGAUAGACAUCUCUAUUACACUCCCCUUAGUGAAAGAGAUCCUCUUCCGCAACGAACUCUUCCAACAUAUCCAUCGCGUGAAAUUCGAAGACCUGUUGAUGACAGCCAUUUGCACAGAACAAGAAUAAUUCCACAAGAAAAUUCUAGAGAAACACAUCAAACGCAUUCUGGUGAAAGACAAUAUUUACCUCAAUCGAGAAUUCCAACAAGUCCUCCUAGAAUACAGCAUGUUCCACAUUAUACUGUAGUACCUCAAGAAAAUUUACCAAAAUACUUGCAAAAUCCAACAUAUUCGAGUGCUCAGCAAUCAUCGGAAAGGAACAUUCCUAGAACUCGCCAUUCUUUACCAGGCAGCGCAGAUGGUCACCCUCAGCAACCAUACCAUUCUUUAUCCGACAAUAGGUAUGAUUCAGCACAUCACAACCAUCUACCACGUCAUUCUUCAGAAAGAGAUGAAAGUGUUCCAGAAGGAUAUCGAUCGUUACCAAUCGGUGCCAUGAGUGAAGAAAUUCAUCAUGCAUCCACAGAUAGCAGACAUCAGGCACCUCCUGCUCGCUCUUCAAAGCCUGCAUAUUCCUCUGAAACUACAAAUUCAAAAGAAUUACUAGAACCAAAUCCAUCAACAACACGGAGACACAAGCCGAUUGGUAAGGUACAUUCUGUGCCUCAGUAUCAGAUUCCUCGUCGAGAAUCGCAGCAAAGAGAAGAUGAAGCCACUUCUAAAGCUGAUGACAUUCAACAAGAGGUGGUAAAGAGGAGACAUAAGUACAAGCUUAAUGAAAUGGAACCACACAAAAAGGAAUCUAAAAAAAGAAGGAAAAAUUUGAAAGCUGAAUAUGAGGAUUUGCAUGCUCAUUCAUCUCAUCAAUACAUUAUCAAAAUUGGAUGAAAGUUUACUUGAUAACACGAUUUGGCGAAUGUGUUAAUACGGUAAAGCUACAUUAUUUAUAUGCAUGAUAUAUAUUUAUAAAUUUUGCUUCAAGGGAAGUUCUAAUUUGUAAACUUUUGAUAAAUAUGAAGGCAUCAUAUUUUAACAUUGUCUGCCAUAUUAUUUAACAAAUGAGCAUUUUCUUCAUAGUUGGAAAAAUCAUACAAUCAUCAAUUACACUAUUUUAAGUAACCUUCAUCUCUAAUGCAUGGAUAUGAUAAUUUAAUUUAUACUGCUUGUGUGUUUUUAAAUGAUAUGUCUCAUUAAA